CUCUCUCUCUCUCUCUCUCUCUCUCAAAAUCUAGAUCUGAAAUUCAAAACCCAGAAUUUACAGAACAAAAAACCAACAAAAAAAAAAAAGAAGAAAAAAACGUUAUAUAUAUAUAUCAUCACAAUCGAUUCAAAUCAUCAAAACAAAACACCCCAUUCAGGGGUUGUUUUGAUCAUUGAAUAGACAUAUAUAUAUAUAUAUAUAUAUCGUGUUGUUGUUGUUGUUGUAGUUGUAAUAGUUUUGAUAAUGGAGGUUAAGAAAAAGUACAUAACCCAAGAAGAGUUGAAGAAACACAACAAGCCAGGUGAUUUGUGGAUCUCAAUCCAAGGAAAAGUUUACAAUGUCACGGAUUGGGCUAACCAACACCCGGGUGGGGAUAUCCCACUCCUGAAUUUGUCUGGCCAAGACGCCACAGACGCUUUCAUUGCUUUCCAUCCAGGUACUGCUUGGAAACACCUUGAUAAUCUCUUCACUGGUUACCACUUAAUCGAUUUCGAGGUCUCCGAGGUCUCUAAAGAUUAUCGGAGACUCGCUUCCGAGUUCACGAAAGCUGGAAUGUUCGAGAAAAAAGAACACACUGUGAUUUACUCUCUCUGUUUCGUUGUUUUUCUCUUUGUUUCUGCGAUUUCUGGUGUCCUUUGUUCAGAUAGUUUCUGGGUUCAUAUGGGUUGUGGUGGAUUGUUAGGUUUUGCUUGGGUUCAAGUAACCUAUCUAGGUCAUGAUUCAGGGCAUUAUAAUAUUAUGACGAGUCGUGGGUUUAACAAUUUGGUUCAAAUUCUAACUGGGAAUUGCUUAACUGGGAUCAGCAUUGCUUGGUGGAAGUGGACUCACAAUGCUCACCACAUUGCUUGUAAUAGUCUUGAUUAUGAUCCUGAUCUUCAACAUCUCCCUUUUUUCGCUGUGUCUACGAGCUUGUUCAAAUCGAUAACUUCGUGUUUUUACGAUAGAGAAUUGACAUUUGAUCCCGUUGCUAAGUUCUUUGUGAGUUAUCAGCAUUAUACAUUUUACCCUGUCAUGUGUGUGGGUCGAAUUAACCUGUUUUUACAGACCUUUUUGUUGUUGUUUUCGAACCGAAAAGUACCCAAUAGAGCUAUGAACAUAUUGGGAAUACUUGUGUUUUGGACAUGGUUUCCUCUUCUUGUUUCUUGCUUACCCAAUUGGACAGAGAGGGUGUUGUUUGUGCUUGUGAGCUUUAUUGUGACCUCAAUUCAGCACAUUCAGUUCUGUUUGAAUCAUUUUUCGGCUAAUGUUUAUGUCGGACCACCUAAGGGGGACAAUUGGUUUGAGAAACAGACGAGUGGGACGAUUGAUAUAUCGUGCUCGGCUUGGAUGGAUUGGUUCCAUGGUGGUUUGCAAUUUCAGCUAGAACACCACUUGUUCCCUCGUUUGCCCCGGUGCCAUUUGAGGAGGAUAUCUCCGCUCGUGAGAGACCUUUGCAAGAAGCACAAUUUGCCUUAUAGAAGCUUGACUUUUUACGAGGCUAAUGUGUCAACGAUCAAGACUCUUAGGGAUGCGGCGAUGCAGGCUCGGAAUUUGCUAUGGGAUGCUGUCAAUACUCAUGGCUGAGGUUGAUCAUGAUUUAUGAAUAAUCCACCAGAAGCUUUAUGAGGGUAAAUUUGAUUUUGUAUUUUUUUUUCUUCGAGUUGAGGCAUCCAGGAUAAACAAUUUUUUUUUCUUAUAUGUUGUCUUUUUGUUUCUUAGAUGUUAUUUGGAUUCAAUUUGUUAUCAAGUUUUUUACAUAUACUCUGCUUCUGAUUGAUUUUA